AUGUUCCCUUGGCAAGGCGAAGGGAAAUCCAGCGUCAUGGGCGUCACUAAAGCCCCUGCAAAUGAAUCUCAGCAACAGAAAGAGGCUCAGGGCACUGGACUGCGGUGGCGCGCGCCAUCUUUCUUCCAACGGAAUCGCUCCAAGGAAACACCUAAUACAUCUCCGGGAAUCCAGCAAAAGACGACAAACAUGCCUGAAGUUGUUGAUGUUGAUGUUGACGAUAAUGACGAUAAUUCCCCUAAUGAUGAUACCCACAUGUCAGACGCCCCUGGUGACGAGCAGCGCAGCUCUGAAAGUCGGGCUAGUCAGACUGACGGCGAAGAGGAAGGAGACGAUAUCGACAACGCCGAAGACGACGAGGCUUCAGAGGGCGGUGAUAUCCAGGAUACCGCUAGUGAUAAUCAACCUGCAGUUGGGACGUCUACUUCAGCUGAUGAUGGUCAUAACGACAACAACAACAAUUCCACCAACGGUCCUCUUGCUGCAACGUCUGGUCCGUCAUUCCCAGUUCAACCCGGGAGUUCGCAGCAUGUGAUUCUUGAGGCAAACCGUACUUACUACGGCAAACGACUCAACUUCAGAGAACAAGUCGUUCUGUUCGAGAUCUGCAACAAGUACAAAUCCACCUUUGGCGAACGCAGCAAAUUGUGCGAAUGGUGGCGAACCGUGACCGAGGAAUUCUGCCGCGACAUCAACGGCCCAUACUCGUGGCAUUCGGUACGUCGCAAGGUCGAGCAAGUAACCAAGCAGCGCAUCAAGCAGCGUUCUGACGAGGAGAACCCCACCGACUCCUAUCCAGAUGACCUGUGCAAGGUCGUCGACGAAUUCAUCCCCGUGUGGUCCAAGUUUGAAGCUUCGGAAAAACGGCGCAUCGAGGUUCGCGACUCGCGAGCAGCGUCUGCAAAGAAGAGAAAAGUGCCUCCUACGGGGGUAGCAACACCGAGAACAGCGCCAAUGCCCCCGGGACCUGCUCCAUGGCACGCGUCUGCGCAAAGAUGGCGGCCUGCGAAUUCUCAAUAUGCUGCUUCAUCUUCGCCAAUCCCACAGCCUCAGUUCUACACUCCGCCAGGUGUGAAAAUGCCUGCUGGGUACGAUACAAUGUUUCAUACUCCUCGUAAUGGUCCACCAACACCCCAGUCAGGAGCUGCGCCAGGGCUGCCCUAUCCUCCGCAUACUUUGAGACCUCCACCACCGCCGCAGCCGCGUCCACAAACCUCUGUGCUUCCUCCUCCUCCUCAUCCUAAUGCGCCACCGCAGCAGCGUCCAUUGUCAGGUGUUGAAAAUGCAGCUUCCGGCGGUCUUGCUGAAUCAUCUGUGACAUCAGCCGUCCUGGAAACGCUCUCCAAACUCAACAAGCAUUUAGAACAAGCUGCUGCUGCCGCAGGCGGCGACAAACAAGCAGCCUCCUCUUCACCCAUUGUCGCUGCUCUAGCAAGCGCCGUCAGCGGCGUAGCAAAGGUUCCUGAAAACAGCACUUCUGGAGAAACAGCAACAGAAAAAUCUCCUGCUGCUGUUGAACAGCCAGCAGGUGAACCCACCAACACAGCACAUUCUCCUACUACCACAAACCACGUCUCCAUCCCAUCAUCAUCGUCAUCAUCUUCUUCGCCUUCCUCUCCCUCUAGCAAGAACAUCAAUAUCAACACAUCCGCCCCAGCAUCUACUACCUCUCCACUCACAGUAUCCGAUCUCUCCAAACUGAAAAACGAACUCAAACAAGAAAUGCAGCGAGAUUUCCUCACCGAGCUUUCGAAGAUCCGCGACUCGUUCUCGGAGAGAUUGAAUUCUAUGGAGCAAACACAGGCGAUGAUUAUAGAUAUGUUGAAACAGGGACCCGGCAGGGAUAAGGAUUAA